AUGGAUUCGGACUGGUACCGAGGACAGGUGAUCUUCUUGACAGGCGCCACCGGCAACCUGGGAGGCUGUCUCCUUUACAAGCUGAGUCUCAAACUUCCAACUUCCAAAAUCUUCGUGCUUGUUCGAGGUUCUAUCCGACAAGCCGUUGAGAAAUGGGAGCAUUUUAUGCCAGAGCAGGUAGACGAUAUCCUGGAUACCGGUAAAGUCAAUUUCAUGGUGGGCGAUAUGACCCAACCCGAUCUUGCUUUAUCAGCCACCGAUCUCGAGCUCCUCAAGCAAGAGGUCACGGUGGUGAUCAACAGCGCAGGUGAUAUCUCUCUGCACCAAAGCUUGUCAGAAACAAUUCUGCCCAAUUGCACGGCACAUCUGACCUUGACCACUAUUCUGGCUGGCUUCACUCGACUACAGUGUUUCUUGCAGAUUUCGACCACAUAUGUGAACAGCUUCCUCCCGGACGGUUCGAUCGAGGAGCGUAUCUACCCCUUGCAUCCGAACCCGAUCGUGGAAUUGGAUACAAUCAUCGCCACGGGUAAAUCAGCCGCCACCGAUCAAUUCGCUGCCCCUUACGCCCUAGCUAAACAUCUAGCCGAGCGUCUGAUCCUGGACGGCGGCCACGCGUUUCCCAUCCUGAUCGUGCGGCCUUCGUUUAUUGCACCCGCCAUUCAAGACCCUUACCCUUUGUACGGCAGAGAUGGGGCGACCCCAGCCCAUUCCUUUAUCCACUUGAUUUUGGGAAAUCGAAACCACGGGCUACUGCAACUCGAGGAGACGCUCCCAACACAUCCAAUCUGCGAUGAGAUUCCUGUUGAUCUGGUGGCGAUUGUAUGUUUGGCCCACCUUGCUCAAGGAACGACAGGAAUUGUCCACGCUGCUGCGGACCUGUACGCCACCUGGACAUGUGGCGAAAUGGGCAACCGGUUUCACCGCCAUAUUCCACGCGAAGUGAAAGAAGAUGCCCAAAAGAUAGAGUUCCAGCAGAGCCAUUCAUUGGCACCGUAUUUCUUCCAGAUGAUCCAACGAUUCUGGCGCGACUGGAAGAUUGACUGCGCGCGAUCAUCCCACUUGAAGCAGUUAAAGGGCCCCUUGGGCCUCGACUUGGGUGAUCACGACCCAGAGGCCUUCUUAAAGCGCCGUGUCGAGCGACAGUCCAAACUCGCUCACAGCUGGCUGAAGCGGGGCGCGCUGCCAUUUGAGAAUGGUUCUUUGUAUAGUAGACAUUUGAAUGAAUAG